CGGAGCCUGGUGGUGUGCUCUGCAGGGAUGCGGAAGGGAUUCGGUCCCACAUUUUGCCCAGGGAUCCUUUGCCUGUUGCUCUUGUCUCCGUCCCAUCCUGCGCUCUAGGACGGGCAGUCUUUCUCGCAGGUGAUGAAUUUCUCUGCAAGGUCAUUGCUCUCCUUGGCUCUGGCUUUGAAGGCUGGUUCUUCAGAGGGAUCAUCCCUGACUGUGUCAUCACUCUGAGCUCUGACUGCGCUUCCCUCCCCCACCAGUGGGAACACUACUCAAGAGAGCUCUGGAGUGCUCCUGAAGAGAAAUUCCAUGGGGACUGUACCUGACCCUCUGAGAUCAGCUAAAACUUCCCUGAUUGCAGCUUCCGGAAAAGAAGAGGAUCUAGGAGAGCCACAGGCUGCCUCACCUCGGCAUCGACCAGCUCUCCUGCAUAAGAAUGCCAAUGGCUUUACAGGUGCCCCUGCAGAACCAGACCUCAGCCCCAGGGCAGCUGCCGAAGCCCUGAUGCAGGUUUGCGAGCAUGAGACCACCCAGCCAGAUAUGUCUUCUCCUGGUGUCUUCAAUGAAGUGGAGAAAGUACCUGCCACAUUCAAUUCUCCCGGCAAUCCCCAGCUGCCAGGGAGCAGCCAGCCCGCAGCAUCAGCCCCGAGUUCUGCAGCAGGAAGGGAUCUGAUACACACACCAUUGACAAUGCCUGCCAAUCAACACACCUGCCAGUCCAUCCCAGGUGAUCAGCCCAAUGCCAUCACCUCAUCCAUGCCUGAAGAUUCCCUGAUGAGAUCACAGAGAACCUCAAAUAGAGAGCAACCUGAGAAACCAAGUUGUCCUGUGGGAGACAUCCUCAGUAGCAUCAAAGAUCAGGUGUCCUGUGAGUUUCCUUCCCCAGAAACAAUCCAGGGAACAGUGCAGACUCCAGUGACAGCAGCCAGGGUGGUCAGUCACUCAUCUUCUCCUGUAGGUGGACCUGAAGGGGAAAGGCAGGGAGCCAUCUGUGACUCUGAAAUGAGGUCCUGUAAACCUCUAACUAGAGAAUCUGGAUGUUCAGAGAACAAGCAGCCCUCUGUCACUGCCUCGGGCCCCCAAGGCACAACUCCUGUGACACCUCAACCAACGUCCCUCACUAGCGAACCUUCAGCAUGUUCCCCAGGUCCAGAGAAGGUGCCACUGCCAGCACAGCAUCAGAUGUCAAGGUUCAAAGAAGCCAGUACGAUGACCAACCAAACUGAAAGUAAAAUCAAGGAAGUUCCCAGCAGGGCUUGGCAAGAUGCGGAGGUGCAGGCAGUGGCGAGUGUCGAGAGCAGAUCUGUCUCCACCAGCCCCAGUAUCCUCACUGCAUUCCUGAAGGAAAGCCCUGUUCCUGAGCAUUUUGAACAAGAGCAGCUGCGUGUCAUUUGCCACAGCAGUGGGAGCCACACACUGGAGCUCUCUGACAGCACGCUAGCCCCCCAGGAGUCCAGCCAGUGCCCUGGCAUCAUGCCACAGGUGCACAUUCAGGCAGCUGCAGCUGUGUCUACAGCUUUCCAGCGGGAAAAUAAACUAGUGAGCCUACCAGGUGGGGUCCUUAAAACCUCAUCAACCAAUUUGGUCUCCAGUAAUGCCCAGCAUACAUGUAAAGAAGAUGGGAGGUUAGCAGGAAUGACUCCAGGGAGAGAGGAGUCAACUGCUAAAAAGCUCGCAGGUACUAAUUCUAGCUCCCUGAAAGCUACCGCCAUUGACCAGAUUUCUAUCAGUGUAUGCAGUCAAGCUGAAACAAGUUAUGGAUUGGGGAAAUUUGAAACCAGGCCAUCUGAGUUUGCAGAGAAAACCACAAACGGCCACAAAACAGACCCAGAUUGCAAACUAUCUGACUCUUGUGGCUUUAUCAGCAAAGCUGACCAUUCUGGGAGCUUGGAUCCCACUAAUAAAGGAGAUGCAAGGGAAAAGAAGCCUGCAUCUCCUCAGGUAGUAAAAGAAAAAGAGUCUACUGGCACUGAUACCUCGGAUGCCAAAACCCUACUGCUCAAUCCUAAAUCCCAAGAAAGUGGAGGCACAGAAUCAGCUGCUAAUCCUACACCUUCCCCAAUUAGGAAGAACCAGGAAGCCACCUUAGAAGAAAACAGACAGACCAAGACAGCCACCAGCCUGAGCCUACCAUCUGAUGCCAUGGGUGACUCCAGCCCAGGUUCCGGCAAGAAGACCCCAUCUCGCUCCGUCAAAGCCAGCCCACGCAGGCCCAGCCGCGUCAGCGAGUUCCUCAAGGAGCAAAAGUUAAAUGUGACAGCAGCUGCUGCUCAGGUAGGACUCACUCCAGGAGAUAAGAAAAAGCAGCUUGGUGCAGACUCCAAGCUCCAGCUGAAACAGUCCAAGCGUGUCAGGGACGUCGUGUGGGAUGAGCAGGGAAUGACCUGGGAAGUGUAUGGUGCAUCCUUGGAUGCAGAGUCCCUGGGAAUUGCGAUCCAGAACCAUUUACAAAGACAAAUCAGGGAACAUGAGAAAUUAAUCAAAACUCAAAAUAGCCAGACCCGGAGAUCCAUUUCCUCAGAUACUUCUUCAAAUAAGAAGCUCAAAGGAAGGCAGCACAGUGUUUUCCAGUCCAUGCUGCAGAACUUCCGACGCCCCAACUGCUGCGUCCGCCCUGCCCCUUCUUCUGUGUUAGAUUGAAAGGGAGUAUUUAUGGGAGUUUGUGUAUAAAUUUACGGUAUUCACAUGUGUCCCUCUAUGUCAAAGCUUGCUUAGUUUUUUGCUGCAAGACUAGGAAGAAAAAGCAAGUAUUCACUAUAGGAAAUUGCUAUAAAAAUUGUUAGAUCCUUUGACCUGGAGCUCUAUAAACAAAAAUGUCAUUUCAAUUUGAAAGAAGGAACAAGAGAAGAGAAACAAGCUUCACUGAAGGUUUGCAACUUUAAUAAAUUGAAAACAAUACUCACUGGGUUUUUAAAAAUAUGAUGUUGUUCAUAGAAAUAGCAUUAUUAUAUCAUUAUACAUGUAUUAUUUUGUAUUACUGCCUCAAUUUAUCACACAAUAGUAUUUCCAUUAAAAUCUCUGCUUCAUAUUGAAAGUAGCAAAAACACUAUUGGCAAAAACAUUGUUAUAAUUUCUAGUCCUAUUGCAGUAAGAAUGCUGUAAGCACACAAAUUUUAAAUAGGUGAUACGAACCAUAAUGAAAAAAAUGAGAACAAAUUUGACUCAUUCCUAGGCCAGAUAACAUUAAAUAAAAGCAGUUAAAUGUGUAAAAUACGAAAUAUGAAUUAAUGUUUGUAAACAUCUGCAGACAACUCUUUUUAUAAACUUUCUUAUAGCUGUUAAUAAAUAUCAGAAAGUUAUAUUAGGAACAUUAGCUAAGAUUUUGACUAUGAAAACAGCCUACGUUAAACAUGGAUUUAUAUAGACACAUUUUCCUGCACUGAAGGCAAGGCGCAUCUCUGUGAUUCUGACCAGACAUAUUCAUAUUUUCUUACCCUAGAGGAAGUACAUGGGACUGAAUUCUUGAAAAGAGUCAUCAAAUUAGGGGUAAUACUAAAUUGAUAUCGUGCAGGUGUUCUCCAGUGAUAUUCUACUGAGAAUGCUAAGGUUCUGGUCAGGAACUAUAAAUAGCAGAUUACCAAACACUGCUUUUUGUGUGAUGAUAAGAGCCUCAUAAGUAACAAAAACAAUGUUUAAUUUAGACUCCUGUAAACAGGAUGCAAUUUGUGAUUUUUUUUUAAUUGGGUUCAGUAACUUCCAGUAACAAAUGUAGUCAACACCAAAUUAGAAUGCGAGCUUCCUUACAAUUUUUGUACAUAGACUACUAUCAUCUAAUUGCUGAAGUAUAUACUCUGGAGUAAAAAGGUAACUUCUGCAAACUUAUUGAUUUUAAGAGAAACACCCAUAAUAUCCUUCAAACCCAAUGAAAGAAGAGGCCUUUACGAAAACAUGGCUUGUGAUUUGGGUGGAUUAUACUUCCUGGGACCUCGGCCCUCCCAUGUCUCCAGAAGAGACAUGUGUCCCAAGACACAUGAGUAUCCUCCAAGGCACUGGCCUGGAUGAGCAGCAUCGGCUUGAGAAUUGGGGUAGUGUGGAAAGGAAGAAUGAACAACGGCCCUGGGAAGGCUUCCUUCCUGCAGACAUUGUUGGGGGAGUGCUGGUCUCCAUUUUGCAUUUAGAAAACCAGACUUAGAUGCUGGAGGGGCACCGGUUGCCUUCUUUGAACUCAUUCCCCAUAACGAGCUAGAAAAGAGUACCUAACCACAGGUAUUCUCUCUAGAGACUCAUGUCCCGUGGGUAUAGUCAAUUCACAGUAUCUAUUCUGGCUUUUUUCACUUUAAUUCUGUUUUGCACAUUCUGAACAUAUGCAGGAAAAAAAAAUCAUUCCUGAACUUUAACAGCACAAGCUACACUCGGCACAAUCUAAAUUAGUAAAAAGCCUUUGAUUUAUUUUGAAGCAGUUUAACUGUAGACAAAGCUUGCAUACGUGGACCAGUAUUCUCAGAGCCUGAGAGUUGUUACAGUUGUUCUAUUUGGAAAUUAGAAGGAAUUUUUUAAUAAGGCACGCUUUUCAGUUUCUUACCCAUUGUUGUCUAUUAAGAAUAUUAUGUAAUGUCAAAAUUUCCAUCAAAUUACCAAGCAAAUUACUAUUAAUGAUUAGAGAUUUAGCUUAACACUCUCUCUUUGGGCCUUAAAUACCCAUUUGUAGUUGUGUUCAUGUCACUUCUGUCUCAGAUGCCUCUGCCAGGACAUAAUCUCUCUGCUAGUUCUUGCUAGCUGGCUUCUCCCUCCAACCUGGGCAUACAUGCUGUGUAUACACAGAGUACAGCCUGUGUACACAGUAGCAGCUGUCAACAGUGCCUACUCCAGAUGGGUGGCCCCAGGUAAUCCUCUGCUGUGAAGUGGCUAGAACAGGCUGUCCCUGCAUUAAAAUAGGUGAGAAUAAGGAAUUUCGCAUCUGGUAAUAAUAUUUAUUUUCAUCCUUUAGAGUAACCGCAUGAUUUGUAAACAGUUAAAUGAAGCAGAGGCCUGAGAGAGUUGUUGGCAUUUGUCUCAUAUUAAAUACGUUAAAAUUGCUAGAUUUGCUGUUGUGGUUAUGCCUCUCAAAACUUUAAGAAAAUUUGUUUAAUGUACUAAGUUUAACUGGUUUUCUUUGGUGCUAGAACCAAAUUCUUCACUUCUACAACACUCAAGAGAUUGUAACAAAAUAUUUCAAAAAUAUUGUUUUUUUGUGGCUCAUUAAAUCCUAUAGAACUAACAGCUUUUAAGGACAGUAACGGAAGUAUAUCUUUAGAUGGAUAAAUAAGAUAGGGACCUAUUCAAGACAGCAGCAUUUUUAUAUUGUGAUACCUCCCCUAAGUUACUCUCACAAUAAAACCUUAUCUGAGAAUUUUCCUUCACUUCAAUCUGUGACAUAGCAUUAGGCAUUUAGUAUACCUUAUUUGUGAAACCUAAGGUUCAUUCAACAGAUGAAGUUGCAUAACAGUUUUCGUGGCAGACUCUUGGAACUUGCUCAGUUUUUUCCUUACUUUACCUGCAUGACACACAUUGGGUUGAAAGUUGUUUGGUUUUACCCUUCAUUUCUCUUAGAUAUGAUUUGGUUCUUUUUCAUGCAUUUUAUUUUUGAAAUAUAUGGAGGAAAUAUUUUAUUGAAUCAAGAAACAGAAAAUAUUCCUUAAACCAGUAGUAAAAAGAUGAGUUAGAACUCCAUGUCUGGAAGACAAUUCAACAUUUAAAAUAUUAACAUGCUAUACCACUUAACAAGUGAAUACUAAAAUUUUUAAUUUAAAGAUUGAUUGUUCUAUUUUUAUGACCAUGAGAAAAAUGUGACAGCUUCAGCUGUCAUAUGUUUAUCUUGAAUGCUUUUCUAAUUAUGUAUUUCUGGAUUAUUGACUUUGAAUGCCACAGACCAACUACUUAACAUAGAGUAAAAUAUUGAUUAACUUUUGUGCUUUGGGUCACUGGCAAAAGUUGAACAUCCUGUUAAGUCAAGGUUAACCAGAAACCUUUUUGUUCACGUCUGAAAUGAAAUAUUUAUAAAAUGUGUUAGUAUGUUUCCUGCCUUGAUAAGUUCACCUAUAUUGAAUGUAAUUGAUCUUUGAUAAUUUUUUUAAUCUUGAGAAUUCUCUGAUACUGUUUUGAAUACCAGUGUUCACCAUGUUAUAAAGUUAAACAUAAAAAUUGAAAUAAAUUGAACUAAAUAUGCAUGUGUAACAUAUACCUUAGAGGUUGGAUUUCAGAACCAAAUUCAUAAUAGGAGCUUGCUGUCUUAAAGUAGAAAGCAGAAGAGGAAAAUAGCAUUUGUUUGUAUUCUAGCAUAUUGAGGUUUCACUGUUCCUAGCUUAUACUAAUGUUUUUCCUCUCAUUUCUGGGAAUGCCUGUCAUUCUGGGAAUCCCUAUAUAUAGCAUACCAAGAACAGAGUAUGAUGUUACUUUAAAAUGUGUUUACAGAGGAUAUAUGCAAGUGUGCUGUUAAUAUAAAUUGUUUGGCCUUUUCUGCAUCCACUUGGUUACUGUUUUGCUGCCAAAAUGUGUGAAAUGUGUGUCUUCUCUUCCUCCUACAUAUUGUGCCAAGUGUUUAAAAUUUUGUCUACUCCUAGUAACACAUAAUUAACCACAUCCCUUGUCUACUUUUAUGAAUCAGUAUAAAGAAAAACAAUACAUUAGGAUAAGGUUUGCAUAUAUGUAUAUGUGUUUUUAUUGAAAACUGGGCACUUGUAGCCUUGUGUAGACCUCUACCUGCCUGAUUUACUAAUUAUCUGUAAUGCUGCCAUGGAGAUGAUGCUGUUUACUCUCUCCUGCUUUGUUCUAAGUGGUGUUUGAGAAAUGAGGCCUGUGAAUUUCCCUUUGUGAUAGAACAGUGAACUCAGCAGUAUCUUGGAUAAGUGAGCCAACUACCUUAUUCCCACACUGUUUUUGUCUACAUGGUGAAAUCAGAAGUCAAACAUCCCCUUCAGUGUUUGUUAUUUUACAUAUGUAUCUGAGCAUUUUGUUUUCUGUUAGCAAUGCUUCUUGAUGUUGUGCAUGGCCCUUUUUGGUUGAUUCUCUCCAAAUGCGGGUCAGCUGCUGCCACCUGGCAAAUAACAGGGGAUAUGCUGAAUCUCCUGUCCAUCUUCAUAACGAUAUCCUUCAUAAUGAAAUUCUUCAACUGGCUGAGCAAUUACAAAUGUCAUCUGUCCAGACACAUGGGCUUAAGGAUGUCUACAAAAUUUUAGACAUUUUUGCAAACGGGAAAAAAGAUAGUCUUGUAAAUACUGAAACAGAUUUCCAUGAACUUUAUCCUACUCUUGGAAAGAAAACAAUUCUCCUUGGCUGCAGAAAUCAAAUAAGCUGGGUUUGCAAUGACCAAGGACAUAAAUGAAGAUGGAUUGAAGUGGAAAAAUUCUGUCUCCCCAGUGAUCAGUGACAUCUGCCAGAGGUCAUUACAGCUACUUUUAACUGUGAACAGUCACCAGCUAAACUACUCACUUGCCACAACAAAAUAACCUCUCUCAAAGUAAAUCCAGUAUAUCUGUAUAUAUGUGUAGAUAGCAGCCACAAACAAUCCUGAAACAUUACUUUUGGCUGUUAGGUAAGUAAACGUGGUGAUAAUUAUAAACAACAUUCAAAUAACCUUGGACCUUGGUGAAAUGACUUGUGGUGGCCAGAAUGGUGCAACAAGAUGUUAUUUACAAGAUUUUUUAAGACACAAAUAUCUCAGAUACUAAUAAUGAGAAUAAAGACUGUUGAAUAUGAAAGUAAAGCCAAGCAAUAAUGUGCCAAAAAGAGGCAGUUAUACCAGCAAAUGCAUCUACUAUGGGCACACCAUUAUAUAAUGAUGGUUUGCUUUAUGAAGACUGACUGUAACCCACAGGAUAAAAUAAGCGAAGGCAUAGUUUCUGCUUUCUUCCUGGAAAAACUUGUUUAGAAGCUUCAUAAAGAGGUACAGCACUAAUGAGCAUUAGAAGGGAUACAGUUGGCAUCUAUGUUUUUAUGCAAACCCAGAGGGAAGAGGAGCCACUCAAAGUCUUGCUGGCUUAAAAUUCAAGACAGCUGCAACCAGAAGUUUUGUUGAAAUUGAGACUUUAAACUUACGGUAAUUACUCUUUCUGGACACUAGCAUGUAGAAAGCAAUUCAGUUAACUCUGCCCAGAGAAUUACCAGCUUUAGCUGUGAAAAAAUGGGCUCCCGGGUGUAAAAAUCACUAAAACGUGAGAUCGUGUAUCCAAAGAGGCUUCAAAUGAUGCCUUACAGAAAAUGAUGCUCCAGAUGGGCACUUCUAAAUGCUAACUCUUCAUCAAGUAUCUUUCUGGAUUCAAGCUCAAAAUUAAUUGGCUGCAAAAUAGUAGGAAUAAAAAUCACAUAUUUUACACUUUAGAAAAGGAUACUGAUGAUCAACCUGCAUGGUGAUAAUUAUGAUGAGAUACCCCAGUGAUUUAAUGAUGUUAGAAAGAAUUAAAUGGGAGAGAAAUGCUAACAGCUUUCUUGAUCUCUUAACUAUGGAGAUGUCAUUCAUUUAUUUCUGGGGCGAAAAUUAUAGCUUGCUUUUUGACAUUGCUGCUAGUAUUGUUCUUUGUUGCUUUAAAAAUUGUCUUUCUUUAGAAAAACUCUUGAGCAGUUAAACAGUUUUUUUUCUGAUUCAUAUCAUUGCUUUUAAUAACAUGUAAAGGCUGUGUGUAGAGCAAACUAUAUAAAAUGAGUAGAAAGGGCCUACUCAUGUUAAUCGGCAUCCUUAAUGAUUUUAGUUUAGAUUCCUCAACAUUUAUUUUAGAUCACAUCUUUACAUAACUGAUUUUUCCUAAUGUUUUCCAUCGUGUCUUAAAAUGUUGCUGGUAUAUCAGGAGAUUGCAGUAUUAUAGUCAUACUCCCCAAUCCCUAGAGGAGAGGAGGGACUAAUUCUUGUUUUAAGGGCCCCUGGAGAUACCUUUUAUUAAGGUUGAAAAAGGUCAACACAGCCUGAAAAUAAGAAAAAUAUAUACUAGCAAUUACUAAUUUUCUAAAUGUGUGUAUCUCUGCUGUACUAAUGUGUGAACAAUGUGUCGUGCAUAAUACUGUAGCUGGUCGUGGUAUGUCCAUACAUUCUGUGAGUGUGUACAGUCUGAGUGAUCAGUUUUCUAUUUUUAUGUGUAGAAAAAAAAUAACGUCGUAUCCCAUUUAAAGACCAAUUUCUGUAUUCAGGCAGGCAUAUGUACAUACAUGAAUAAAGCCAACAAAAGUGUGCACAUGUA